CCCUUCCCCACCUUUCCACACCCGAGCGCUGAGGUAGCGCAAGCCGUCAACGCGGCGCUGGUGAAGCUGCACGGCCGUCCCCGCCGACCAGUGAAGGCGCCGCCGUCGGCAGAGGUGACGGACAGUUCUGCGGCGUGUGGUCAGGUGCAGUCGGUUGUGGAGGCGCUUGUGAGGACGAUUUUGAGCCAGAACACGACGAAUGCGAAUAGUUCGAAGGCUUGGAGAGCCGUAGACCCCGACGAAGCCGAUCGCUGGGACCAGAUCCUCUUCGCUCCAGUUGAAGAUGUCGCAGACGCGAUCCGAUGCGGCGGUUUGGCCAACAACAAAGCCAAGUCAAUCCACAACAUGUUGCGUGACGUUAAGGACAAGUACGGCGUCGUGUCGCUUGAUCAUCUGCAUGGGAAGAGCGAUGAGGAUGCUAUGAGGGAGCUGGUGGGGUUUAGUGGCGUGGGGCCCAAGACUGCGAGCUGCGUCCUCCUCUUCUGCCUCCGCCGCGAAUCCUUCGCGGUCGAUACCCAUGUCUACCGCAUCUCGCGGGCUCUAAACUGGGUGCCGCAAAAGGCAAAUAGGGAGCAGGCACAGGCCCAUCUUGAUGUUCGAAUACCUGAGGAUAUCAAACACUCGCUCCACUGCCUCCUCGUAACCCACGGCAAAUCCUGCAAGGACUGCGCCGCCAACGGCCGCUUAUCCAAGCCCGAUAGCGGGCCGUGCCCCUUAAUCCCGUUCCUACGCGGCGCGCGGAAGGGCGCUCAGGGUGAGGGUGGGGAUGUACCACCUGAGCCGAGCGAUGAGACGGGUGCGGAGGGGAUGGAGGAGAGUAGGGCUGAUGAGGAGGUUGUGGGUGCUGAUGGAGAGGUCAAGGAAGAGGAGGAUGUGAAGGGCGUGGUGGAUGCGGAAACUGAGGACGAACAUCUGAAGGAGGAGCAUGGAUACCAUGGGUUAUAGACUUCAGUUAGUUGCUUUCAUGAGCUUCAACUGCACAUGCAGGCAGAUCGGGAAAGCAAACCCCCAAUCCCCGGACAAUAUUCAUGGGUAAGGUCAAUGAAAUAAAUACAGUUCUGCCCUACUUACAAUGGUGGGACUAUGUAAUUAGAUGGCAGGGGAGGAAAUGAAAACAAGAAAAGAGCGCUUGUGCGUCCAGCGACAGCUCAUGUGAGUCGUGCUCAACAAUCAUACAUCCGCUCGCAAAGGGAUAACCUCUGCCAUACCGCUAUCGAACGGGAUACGUCUACUCUACGCCAAUGGGUACAGGGA